AUGAAUGCUUUUGACAUUUCCAUCCAGGGUGGUGGCUCCAGUUCGGGUGCCCGUCGGGUCUGUGCCCCUUCCUCAGACCCCAGUCAUGUGGAUAUUGGAACAAUGUCGCGCGACUGGAAGAGUAAGGAAGCUGUGCUCCUGGAUGAUGGAUACACCUUUGAAUGCAAAAGCAGCAAAGUUCGGGUGACACAGAUCCAAGUAGGGGUGGAUGGCUUAGCUGUGGUGGUGGCCAAAAACAGCAAAGCACAUGACUGCUUGACCAAUCCGAGUGUGGGUGGCGUGACUCUGGCGAUGCUUCAUUGGAUGUUUACUAGUUGGAACAACACUCAGCUUGAGGCUUAUGGAGUGAAUUUGGCUUCCACCCUUCCAAAUGACGAUGGAGAUGACGUCCGUGAGUGGAGCGAUCUUUCCUCUGCAUGUGAGGAGGUUCCCAUCAAUGCCUAUGGACCUGGCUCGGAAUCUGGUACCUUUGAUUUCUUCGCAGAAGCGACCUUAUGCAAGGACUGCUUUGCAGGGAAGGAAGGUCAUGUUGCAGAAGACUUCAGCUAUUGUUCCAGCAGCCAAUUGCACAUCUUGGAGGGCCUCAACGGCACCGGGAUGGAGGAUUACAUCAAGAACCAGAGGCCCAAGAAUUGCUACAUGUCUUCGGAGUCGGACCUUCAAUUAGUGCAAUGGCUGCUUGCAGAUGCAGGUGGCAUUGCCUACUUUGGAUAUUCCUACUACACCGUUUUUGCAAGCCAGCUCACUGUGGUCCGAGUUGCUAGUGAUCGGAAUUUGGGUGUGGCAGAUACAGCUGAUGCGAAGGUAGAGCCAUCCAUCUACACCAUCACGGAUGGCUCCUACAGCGUCUACAAGCGGAAGCUCUUCAUGAAUGUGGACAACAGCGCUUGGGAUCGUGUUUAUCCAUACCUCAGCUAUGGCUUCAAUCAAGAAGGCCAGAGGAAGGUUGUAGAUGUGGGCUAUGUGCCCGUGAAUGCGGCCCUCUUGGCCAAGAUGCAGAUUCGCAUCGAGAAACGAGGCAAUGAAGAGGCGGAUUAUGUAUCCGUAGCGCCAAGCACUUGUCCUCCAGGGACUGAGCUCUCAGCUGAACCUUUCGUGAAUCAGUUCGGAAACAGCAAGGUGAAGUACACUUGCACCUUGUGUCCGCCUGGGAAGUACAAAUCUGUCAACACGCCCACGGAGUGUAGCGUCUGUGAAGCUGGGAAGUACACAGACCAAGCAGGAGAGUCAGAAUGUCACUUCUGCGACCCGGGCUAUGAAGCCUUUGAGGGAAUCUCCUGUCGUGCUUGCCAACCAGGAUCUUACAAGAAGGAGGUGGCCGCUGAGAGCUGUUCCCUGUGCGAUCCCGGCACUUUCACCAAUCAGUCAGCCCAAUCUGACUGCUCCUUCUGCUUGCAGGGUUACUUUGCACCAGAGAACUCCACUGAGUGCACACCUUGUCCUUUGAACGAAAUGGCACCUUUGCCCAGAACAGGGCAAUGUAGCCCUUGUGGUCCGGGCUUCAUCACUCGACAUGUGGCAUCAACGAGUUGCUUCAGGUGCAAGGUGGGCACCUAUCGCCUCAAUGAAACGCAAUGUGUCAAGUGUCCAGGUCGCAAGACGACAGCAUACCAAGGUGCCGCGACGAUUGAGGAAUGUGUUUGUCCAGCAGAGACCUACUUGGCGGAUGGCUUGCGGGAUGAGAUGGAUCAGCAUCUCCCAUCUGGGAGCUGUGUGGAUUGUGGCGAGGGAUUGACCUGUGGCUUGGGCAGUGACAUGCGACACUUUGAGGACUUCAUGAAGGGAAAAGGACAGCAUGGAGAUGCAGAAGAUGGAGAAGAUCAGAUGGAUCAGUCAUAUCCGUUAGUCCAAGCUGGUUACUUUGCCAGGACUGGCGAACUCACUUCGGUCUUCAGAUGCGGAGCAGUCAUAGAUUGCCCAGGUGGUUUGCCUGGCACUUGUGCUGCUGGAAGAACGGGAGCACUUUGCGGUCAUUGCGAAGCAGGCUGGAAGACCAGCAGUGAUGGUUGUGAACCUUGUGUUUUUUUGGACUUCUCGCUGUUCUCGACGACCUUUAUGGUGAUGAUGCUCGCUGGAGUGCCAUUCUUCUACUACUUCAUGAAUUCUCCAAUGACCUCUAAGGCCUCCACAUUGUUGAGCACCGCCAUCGCUUUUGGGAUGGCCAUGACAUUGCUGCAGACUGUGGGGCUGGUGGGCAUUGUCAAGAUGAAGUGGCCAGAGUAUAUGGAACCCUUGAUGGACUUCGCUUCACUUUUCAUGUUGGAUUUGCGGGCUUUGAAUUUGAGCUGUUGGGGCUUCAAACCUUUCAUGUCCUACAUCAACAGUGUACUUCUUUGGCCAGGAGCCUUGCUUUGGCUGUCUCUUUGCGGAGCAAUUUCCCGGCUUCUGCCUCUCAAGUAUCACUUUGAAAGGGCCAAGGCUCUUAGCACCGGCGGGCAGAUCUUUCAAAUCGGCUUCACCAUUAUGUCCAAAACGGCUUUGCUGCCCUUCAUGUGUUACACUCAUCCAAACGGCAAGUCGAGCGUGCUGGAACUGAGUGAUGUGAUUUGCUGGGAAUCCGAAGAACACAUCAUCAUGGUGAUCUUCGGGGUGUCCAUGGUGGCUGUCAUGUGCAGCUACUGGGUUUUCUUGCUGUUCCUCACAUGCAUUGCCCCGGCGAAGUCAAAAGAUGAUGAUGGCACUUUCUUCAAGACCAGCCGGAUGCGUUUCCGCCCCGACUAUUGGUGGUAUGGCACCUGCUUGAUCUUGCGCGGACCGAUGCUGGCCGUCCCCAUGGCCGUCUUCACGGAUUUGCCACAGGUGCAACUCUUCGUGAUGACUGCGGUCUUGGAGGUCUAUAUGGUGCUCCGGCUGGUGGUUUGGCCUUGGAAAACGCCCUUGAUCAAUUUCGCGGAUGGAGUUAUGAGCAUGCUACUCAUUUUGCUUCUGUCAGUUGCCUCGGCAUUCUCGGCGUUGGCAGGCGUGCUCCUUGCAAGUCUCUACUCAGUGACGUUUAUUUUGCUGGUUAUGGUCUUGACUGCCUUCUUUCACCGCGCUGCCAUGGGAAGUCAUGAUGAACUGGCCGUUUUGACGCUUGGCAAACCUCCAUCAACCACUGCCCUGCUUCAAGGGUUGAGUGCCCUAUGCGAGGCAAUUGAGGAGGUGGACGUCGAAUUCUUGGUCCAAACCAUUGAUGAAUUCAACGUCUACGACCGAAGGAUGUUGGCCAACGUGUUGACCACCGUGGCACCAUACUUUGACAAUGACCAACGUAUGCGCUUACUGAACCAGAUGCGCAUCUCAUCGGUCUCAUUGUCCACUUACACCAGUGAGAGGGACAGCCGAAACCGUAUCUCCAGCUCCACGGCUCGAUCGGAUCGCACCAACUCAGAUGACAAGGGUGGCGACAUGUUCAAUAGCUCGAUAGCAGAUCACAGCCGGAAUGCCAAUGUCGAAGAGGAGCCAGAAAAGGGGGUCGAAGAGGUGCGGCUCUCAGUCCCUGUUCAAGACCCGGAGGAACGCGAGCAACGCUCAGCGCCCUCAUUUGAGGCCCACAAUCGAGUCCAUUUUGCUGAAACUUUCAGGACAAUGGAGAUCUGA